CUCAAACCUUUCUUUUUUCAGAGGGGAAAAGAGCGGAGGAUCCAAUCCAGAAAUUAUUCAGACUCACUGAGGGCCCGCGUGUGUGCGCAGGUUCCACACCUUCCUCACAUGGCUGUGGACCCCUUUAUAAAGCAACCCAGGACACUAGAGAAGUCACACAAUAGUCACCACCAAAGACUGAGAAACACCUCCACUUUCGCUCUCUCGUUCUUUUACGUCCUGGAACAUGAUGUGGAAAGCAUUGGCAUUAGCUGUAUGUCUGCUGGUGGCUGGGAUGCAGGCAAUGGAGGGCCCCACGUAUGGAGUGAAGCUCUGUGGUCGUGAGUUCAUCCGGGCAGUCAUCUUCACCUGUGGAGGAUCUCGCUGGAGACGGUCACUUGGGAAUUCAGCAGACGAGGACUCAUCUGAAGGUUGGAAUGAAGACUCCCAUAUCCCUGAGAAACCCUUCCAGCAGAUCUCCGGCCUUGUGGCCCCUGGCUGGUCCAGAGAGGGAGGAGAGGAGAGGGAGGUGUUCAGCAGACCUGCCCGCUCUCUCAUGUCAGAGGAGGUGCUGGAGGCCCUUCGUACAUCUGACCGCAAAGGCCGUGAUGUGGUGGUGGGCCUUUCCAAUGCCUGCUGCAAGUGGGGCUGUAGCAAGGGGGAAAUCAGCUCCCUUUGCUGAGAAUAAACUACCACUGUUUUCCUACACACAAACACCUUUCCCAUUUGUCUGGUUUUUUUCCUAUCUUUCUCUCCCAAUCUCUCUUCCAUUUUGUUAAUAUUCUUCCCCAGUAUUCAGUAGUUCACUCAAUGUUAUCAUUCCUGGGUUUACUUACAGACUAUUUAAUGACUAUUUUUA